GGAUUCUGGUCCGACAGGUUUAUAACGGUAGCUCCAAGACCUCGUUUUUAGAGCAAUGCGAAGUCGAUUUUCUUGGAUUCGGUUUUCACAACGCGAUGGACAGAUCAAGGAUUGCAAUAACAACGCUCCUCUUGCUGCUCGGGAUUUGGAAGACUGCAGAAUCCCAGGUGGUAACGGCGAGUAGCAGCGGCCUUGUAGCAAGCAUUGACUCCGGGGGUUUGCAAGGAAAUGUUGAAUUCCUCGACGAUCCUAAAGGAACAGCCAUUCGAAUUUUCCUGAGAGGGGGAACAUACGGAGAAAAGUUCCGAUGGAAAAUACACGAAUUUCCUCCAGUGCCAGGAACAGCCGAUCCUUGCAGUGCCGAAAAAUUAGGAAGAAUGUAUGUAGAUUUUACGGAACCCCAUGGUCCAGUAACUGUUGGUCAAGAUAUGGUUUUACUAUCAAAUCUGAAGCUUAUAGGCAAUGCCUCCAUCUUAGGCCGAACCUUGGUUCUUCGAAGCACCGAAACAGGGAGAGUAUCUUGCGCUGUCAUUCAACCAACAUCAAGAAUACGGACAUACCAAGCUAAACUCAAAAGUCCCCUAGGUGGCACAGUUAUAAUUCGUCAAAGUGGAUUCGGAACUGGUAUUCUGUCCCAGUUAUGGUAUGUCAAUGGUACAAGGAGAGAUUCAAUACACCGUUGGGCUGUAUUGCAAACUCUAACUGGACCGACAGAAUCACCAACAACUGUUUAUGAAAAUGAAAUUACACGCUGCGUCAAUCUGCAAGCUACGCCAUUCUUUCACAUUUCAGAAACUGUUGGGUAUGCUGCAGUAGGACGUGAGCCAAACAUUAUCACAGGACGAACAUAUCACACUGUAGUAUCGGCACCCGUUUUAGAAAGAGUGCAAAACAGUCUAUAUAUAGUUAUAUAUUCUGAUAUUGAUCCUUCAAAACCACUUGCAUGUGCAAGAAUAACACCAAUCGAACCUAAGCAGGCCAUGGCUAAGUUUGAUUCUGAAGUUUCAGGAGAAAUAUCCUUCCGACAAGAAUCGCCAUAUGAUCCCACUUUAGUGACAAUAAAUCUGAGUGGACUGAAUAAUAAAGCAUAUAGUUACGGUAUUGAUGAGUUACCAUUGAUUUUUCGGGGUGAUAAAACUGAAGUAUGUCCAAACGUAAAAACUGUAAUUUAUAACCCUCUCAAGAAAUCACCAGAUUCAGUUCCUGAACCAAACAAAGGUAGUUCUGAUCAAUACGCUAUUGGGGAUUUAAGUGGAAAAUAUGGUCCUUUAGAGAAUCGAGAAAAACAUUUUCAACAAGUAUAUGAUCCUCAGUUAUCGCUAUUUGGAGUUCACAGCAUUGUAGGUAGAGCAGCUGUAAUUUAUUAUUCUGACGGUCGACCUAUGGCAUGUGCCAAUAUUGAACUUAUAGGAAGACGAGUCGUAACAGCAUUUGCCACUUUCGAUUUCCCGUUACAAGGACAGUUAAUUCUUCGCCAAGACCGUGAUGAUCCUUCCGCUGACACAUCAGUAUAUUUAGAGUUAUCAUACCCUUCCGCUGCAUCCCAUACCAAGACCUAUCAUCAUCCAUGGCAUGUAAAUGACCGAGCUAUUCCCACUGGCCAAAGAUUCAGCUUAAGUGGCAUAGAUUGCCUACAAGCUGGGACUGUGUUUAAUCCUUACAAUGUAAGUGUUGAUGGUUUUUAUUAUAGCCACUGUUCCGGCUUAGCAUCUCAAAGAUGUCAGAUUGGUGACUUCUCUGGAAAACUGCGUUAUUUGGAUAUACCUCCUUUUGGUGUGCAAGGAAAUAAACAACAAAUUGCUCGCUAUUACUUCACAGACCCUUCAUUACCUCUGGCAGGUCCAACUAGUGUUAUCGGAAGAUCGGUAGUAAUUAAUGAACCAGACUUCGGUGAAGGACGUCUGGCUUGUGCCAAUAUUUUUGAGCAUUAUAGUGAUUAUGGAAAAUAGUGUUCUUUUUGAAAACAAGAAGUUACGAAAGUAAACUUGAAAAUUUUCCACGAUCUUCUGAAAAAUUAUCAUCUUGCAAUAAUCAUGAACUGAAAAACACUUGUUGCAUUUUAUUCAAUACAAUGAUUAAUUUAAGCCAUAUAAUACAAAUGAGAAAUCAUCAAUCACUUCAUCAGAAUGAAAUGUUUUGACAAACGUUCUCUAUGAGAAUUUUUAUUGUAUGAAAAUGUAAGAAGCAGAUUUUUGUAAUUAUGAGUGUGAUAUGCUACUCAUAUAAAAUAUGUAAUACUUGAGAUUUGUAUAAAUAUUUGAAACCUC